AUGAAUGUGCACUCAUUUAAUGAUAUUCCCGACGCGAGACUCGAGGAAGUCAAAGUGGCAAACGAAACCGAUAGUGUGAUACAGGAGUUGAUAUCUCUGAUUCGUACCGGGUGGCCGAGAAAUAAAGAUAGUGUACCGGAAGCUGGAAAACCGUACUUUGAUUUCCGUGAUACGUUAGGAUAUCAAGACGGUAUCGUCGUAAAAGGUGAAGCCCUAGUUAUACCGCGAUCGCUGCGUGGUGAAAUGAAAAAACGACUUCAUUGUGCUCAUUUAGCAUACGACAGCAUGAUGCGUAGGGCUCGAGGAACUAUAUUUUGGCCGGACAUGUCGAAGGAUAUCAAGCAAAUGGCCGAUUCGUGCGAAGCGUGCCAAGAACUCAAACCGAGCAAUCCAAAAGAAAGUCUACGACAGCAUGUUGAAGGUACCCCAUGGGAAAAGAUAGGCACGGACCUAUUUGAGGUUCAAGGGCGACAUUAUCUCGUAUGUGUAGACCACAUUUCAAAUUUCAUCGAAGUUGAUUAUCUAACAUCGACAACGUCAAGCAGAGUCAUCGACGUACUUAGAAAACAGUUUGCUAGAUUGGGGGUCCCAACUACAAUCGUGUCCGAUGGAGGUCCACAAUACUCCUCCCAGGAAUCCUCAAAGUUCGCAAAGAAAGUGGGAAUCAACCAGAAAAUGUCGUCGCCGAAUCACGCUCAGAGUAACGGAAAAGCCGAGUCCGCCGUUAAAAUCAUAAAGCAUAUGAUGAUUAAGAGUCUUCGAGAUGAUUCUGAUCAGUGCGAAGCACUACUCGAACAACGAAAUCCCCCGCGGCAAGACACUGGUAAACGUCCUGCCGAGAUGAUGUUUGGUCGAAACACUCGAUCAAUGAUACCAACGGUAAAAGUAAAAGGUAUCGAUACUCAAACUGUGAAACGCAGACAAUCCCGAAAAGACACCGUAAAGCGAAGCUACGACAAAAGAACGCGUGUGUUACCGAAACUGUCAAAGGGUCAAAAUGUGUAUUACAAGAAAUCUCCAAGGGACACAUGA